AUGGAGGAAACGGUAGCCGGGGCGGGUAGGGUCUGCAGAGCAGGAUCUAUGGGCGCGGUGAAGUCGUACGUCGUCUCGGUCUUGAUGCUGGAUGCGGUCGAAGAGAGGGAUGGAUCGAGGGGCGAGUGCGAGGUGGUCACGGGAGGGUUGUACGAGCUCGGCAGGACGGCCGGCUGGGCGCCGUAG